GGUUGUGUUGGAAGGGUCCUUAAAGGUCAUGGAACCAGAGCAUUCUAAAUGGGUUGUGUUGGAAGGGUCCUUAAAGGUCAUGGAACCAGAGUAUUCUAAAUGCGUUGGGUUGGAAGGGUCCUUGAAGGUCAUGGAACCAGAGAAUUCUAAAUGGGUUGGGUUGGAAGGGUCCUUAAAGGUCAUGGAACCCGAGAAUUCUAAAUGGGUUGUGUUGGAAGGGUCCUUGAAGGUCAUGGAACCAGAGAAUUCUAAAUGGGUUGGGUUGGAAGGGUCCUUGAAGGUCAUGGAACCAGAGAAUUCUAAAUGGGUUGGGUUGGAAGGGUCCUUAAAUGUCAUGGAACCAGAGAAUUCUAAAUGGGUUGGGUUGGAAGGGUCCUUAAAGGUCAUGGAACCAGAGAAUUCUAAAUGGGUUGGGUUGGAAGGGUCCUUAAAGGUCAUGGAACCAGGGAAUUCUAAAUGGGUUGUGUUGGAAGGGUCCUUCAAGGUCAUGGAACCAGAGAAUUCUAAAUGGGUUGGGUUGGAAUGGUCCUUAAAGGUCAUGGAACCAGAGAAUUCUAAAUGGGUUGGGUUGGAAGGGUCCUUGAAGGUCAUGGAACCAGAGAAUUCUAAAUGGCUUGGGUUGGAAGGGUCCUUCAAGGUCAUGGAACCAGAGAAUUCUAAAUGGGUUGGGUUGGAAGGGUCCUUAAAGGUCAUGGAACCAGAGCAUUCUAAAUGGGUUGUGUUGGAAGGGUCCUUGAAGGUCAUGGAACCAGAGAAUUCUAAAUGGCUUGGGUUGGAAGGGUCCUUAAAGGUCAUGGAACCAGAGAAUUCUAAAUGGGUUGGGUUGGAAGGGUCCUUAAAGGUCAUGGAACCAGAGAAUUCUAAAUGGGUUGGGUUGGAAGGGUUCUUAAAGGUCAUGGAAGCAGAGAAUUCUAAAUGGGUUGGGUUGUAAGGGUCCUUAAAGGUCAUGGAACCAGAGAUUUCUAGAAUGGGUUGGGUUGGAAGGGUCCUUAAAGGUCAUGGAACCAGAGAAUUCUAGAAUGGCUUGGGUUGGAAGGGUCCUUGGAGGUCAUGGAACCAGAGAAUUCUAAAUGGGUUGGGUUGGAAGGGUUCUUAAAGGUCAUGGAACCAGAGAAUUCUAAAUGGGUUGGGUUGGAAGAAUCCUCAGAAGUCAUGGAACCAGAGAAUUCUAAAUGGGUUGGGUUGGAAUGGUCCUUAAUGGUCAUGGAACCAGAGAAUUCUAAAUGGGUUGGGUUGGAAGGGUCCUUCAAGGUCAUGGAACCAGAGAAUUCUAAAUGGGUUGGGUUGGAAGGGUCCUUCAAGGUCAUGGAACCAGAGAAUUCUAGAAUGGCUUGGGUUGGAAGGGUCCUUAAAGUCAUGGAACCGGAGAAUUCUAAAUGGGUUGUGUUAAAAAAGUCCUUAACGGUCAUGGAACCAGAGAAUUCUUAAUGGCUUGGUUUGGAAGGGUCCUUAAUGGUCAUGGAAGCAGAGAAUUCUAGAAUGGGUUGGGCUAGAUGUGUCCUUGAUGGUAAUGGAACCAGAGAAUUCUAAAUGGUUUGGGUUGGAUGUGUCCUCAAUGGUCAUGGAAC